GGCACCUGCUCUUUCUUCUCACCUCUGGCACUCUUCAAUCCUGAAGAUAAAUGCUACCCCCCUCUUCCCCUUUAACAUGUGGAGAUAUUCUCCCUCUUCUCACUUCUGUCAUUGUCUUAGCAGCAGAGCUGGGAGCUCCAGGAAUCCAAAGGAAGAAACGGUUUCAGAUUGAGGAUGAAGAUGAGAGCGACUGAAGAGCCAGAAGCCCAAGGGUAGAGACAGACUAAUAUUUAGGUGUGUCCAGUGAGACAUGUGUCGCCUCAGACUCAUCAUACUACUUGAGCUGCUGCUUUGUUGCUACUUCCUGCUGCACCCUGUUGAUGCCAUUCCAUAUGGAAACCAGACAAAUAUCCUGAUGCAACUUCCCUCAUCCUUGGAAUUCUUGCCACCCACCUCAGGCCCCUUGCCCUGCCAGACCCUGCUCCCAAAAUCCCUGCCUGGCUUUACCUAUAUGGCCCCUCUACCCAAGUACCUGGUAGGCCUGUCACUGAUGAUUGCCCUAAAGGAAGCUGGCUGCCAUGCUGAUGUGCAGGCCCUGCAGCUUCAACUCUACCGCCAGGGGGGUAUAUAUGCUACACAGACCCUCACCCAAUAUCUUCAAGGGCUAGAGAAAGGCAGAAACACAGAGAGGGGAGUGUCAGUGGAUGCCCUGGCCUCUGCUCUGCAGCUGUUGGCCAGGGAACAGCUAGGCCCAGAAAGGGCCCGACGCUCCCUUACCAUCAAGGAUUGCGAGUAUAAACAGGAGCAGGGUGUGCACGAUGUAGUCAAGUUGUUGCCAGGAGUGGGAACCUACUACAACCUGGGCACAGCUUUGUAUUAUGCUACUCAGAACUGCUUGGACAAGGCCAAGGAACGAGGCAAAGAUGGUGUCAUGGAUCUGGGUUAUGACCUUCUAAUAAAUGCAGCUGGACUGUCAGGGGGGCCCAUGGGACUUGUGAUCACCGCUGCACUUAAACCUGCAGUGAAAGCUGGGGUUGAACGACUGAUCCAGUAUUACCGUGAGAAAGAGGAAAGCACCCCUCCUCCAGAGACCAGCGAAGAGGGCUUGGGCAGCACCUCAAAUGUGGGUGAUAUGGUAGAAACAACUACUGUGGCCCCUUUGGUAUCAGAAGAAGUAAAUUCAGCUCCUUAUUGGGGGUGGUCCUCAUUCAAGAACUAUUACUUAGAUCCUAGGAACUGGAGUUUUGGAAUAUAAGAGGUGGUAAACACAGAACUAAUAAAUCUAAUAGUCUGACAA